CCUCCUCCUCCGCCGCCUCCUCCGCCUCAACCGCCUCUCGAACCCAGAGCCUCCGACGCCGCCUCCGCCCCGGCAUCACCUCUUCCGCUGAAGUCACCGCUGAAGUCGCCGCCACUUCCUGCGAUAACAAUCUUUCUCUCAGAUUGAGCUGGAGCAGUACCCAACUCGACCACACAUCACCUCAAGAGUGAUUUUUACGAGAUGUCACGGCGAGCUGAGAAGCUGAGAUGCACGAAAGAACCCUACAUAGAGGACGUGGGCCCUCGAAGAAUAAAAAGUAUAUGCUUCGAUGCGUUUUCGGGAGACGAAGUAAAGAAAGCAGCAGAGGUGCAGGUUUGGAGUGAUAGGCUCUAUGAUUUAAGUGCUAAGCCUGUUGAGAAUGGUUUGGUCGAUCCCAGAAUGGGACCUCCUAAUAAAAAAGUUGUAUGUGCUACAUGCAAUGGGGGUUUUGCUGAUUGCCCUGGUCAUUUUGGAUACUUGAAGCUCACACUCCCAGUCUUUAAUGUUGGCUAUUUUAAUUCCAUCCUAAACAUUUUAAAGUGUAUCUGCAAGGGCUGCGGCAGAAUACUUCUUGAAGAUGCAGAACGUAGGGAAUUUUUGAUGAAAGUGAGAAAUCCUAAAGCAGAUGUGCAUCAGAAGAAUAUGAUAAUGAAGAAAGUCAGAGACAAGUGCAAAUCAACUCUUCAAUCGCCCCGUUCUUGUGCUAGCUGUGGUCAUAAAAAUGGUGUUUUAGCAAAGGGGAAAUCUUUUCAACUAUCUAUUAUUGAAAAGCUUGAAGUUGUUGAUAAAAGUCUAGAAGCGGCAUUAUCUCACUUGAAGGAAAAACCAUCUUAUCAACACUUACAUUUUCUUACACCUUUUGAUGUUUUUUGUCUUUUCAAAAAGAUGCCUGAUGAGGAUUGUGAACUACUUAACCUUUGUGUUCGACCUGAGAAUCUCAUUGUGACAGAGGUUGCAAUACCCCCAGCACCUAUUCGCCCAUCUGUCAUUGUUAAUUCAGGACAAAGCAAUGAGGAUGGUCUAACUGCCAUAUUAAAAGAAGUCAUACAACGCAAUUCUCGUCUUCGGGAGGGCAUUGAAGGUGCUUCUGUUCCCAUGCAUAAUUGCAUGGACCGCUGGUGGUCAGAACUACAAGAUGUAGUUGUUAAGUAUAUAAACAGUGAAGCUCCUUCAGUCAUAGAGUCUAAACAUCGCGGUCUUAUCCAACGACUUAAAGGAAAGCAGGGACGUUUUCGUUGCAAUUUAUCAGGGAAACGGGUUGAAUUUACUGGAAGAACUGUUAUUUCUCCUGAUCCAAAUUUAAAAAUUACAGAGGUUGCAAUUCCAAUUUUAAUGGCCCGGGUAUUAACGUAUCCAGAACGAGUUACACAGCAUAACAUAGAGAAGCUGCGACAAUGUGUCCGUAAUGGGCCUUUCAAACAUCCUGGGGCAAAUUUUGUGACAUUACCUGAUGGUACUCGCUUGCACUUGAAAUAUGUGGAGAAGAAGAAUGUUGCUAACGAACUGAAAUAUGGUUGUGUAGUGGAAAGGCAUUUGGAAGAUGGAGAUAUUGUUCUAUUUAACAGGCAACCAAGUUUGCAUCGGAUGUCUAUCAUGUCUCAUAGGGCACGGAUAAUGCCUUGGAGGACCUUGAGGUUUAAUGAAUCUGUUUGCAAUCCUUACAAUGCUGAUUUUGAUGGAGAUGAGAUGAACUUGCAUGUUCCUCAAACAGAAGAGGCUCGUACAGAAGCAUUUACACUUAUGGGGGUCCAAAAUAACUUGUGCACCCCAAAAAAUGGUGAGAUUUUAGUUGCUUCCACACAAGACUUUUUGACAUCGUCGUUUCUCAUUACAAGGAAGGACACCUUCUAUGACCGUGCUGCCUUCUCGCUCAUGUGCUCAUACAUUGGUGAUGGAAUGGAAGUUAUUGAUUUGCCCCCACCAGCUUUGAUAAAGCCAAUCGAACUUUGGACGGGGAAACAGUUAUUUAGUGUUAUUGUACGGCCUAAUGCUCAAACAAGAGUGUUUGUAAAUUUUGUUGUCAAGGAGAGAAUACACGUGAAAGAUACUGAGACAAUGUGCCCUCAUGAUGGUUAUGUCUAUUUCCGGAACAGUGACCUUAUUUGUGGACAACUUGGGAAGGUUACUUUGGGAAAUGGCAACAAAAAUGGCCUUUUCUCUGUUCUUUUGAGAGACUAUAAUUCAGAUGUUGCUGCAAGUUGUAUGAAUCGCUUGGCAAAAUUGAGUGCCCGGUGGAUUGGAAAUCAUGGGUUUUCUAUUGGCAUUGAUGAUGUUCAACCCGGAGAACGCCUUAACCAGCAGAAAAAAAUGACAAUUGAUGAUGGUUAUGGAAGAUGCAUUUCGUUUAUAGAGUUAUAUGAGAACAGAAAACUUAAACUGAGGCCUGGCGCCAAUGCAGCUGAAACGUUAGAAGUUGAAAUAACUGAAGUGCUGAAUGAAAUUAGAAAAACAGCUGGAGAUGUUUGUAUGAAGGAACUCCACUGGAGGAACAGUCCUUUAAUUAUGUCACAGUGUGGAUCCAAGGGGUCUGCAAUCAACAUCAGCCAAAUGAUUGCUUGUGUAGGCCAGCAAUCUGUUGGCGGCCGUCGUGCCCCAAAUGGAUUUAUAGAUCGCACACUUCCUCACUUUCCAAUUAAGUCAAAGACGCCUGCUGCUAAAGGGUUUGUAGCUAAUUCAUUUUACACUGGGUUGACGGCAACUGAAUUCUUUUUUCAUACAAUGGGAGGACGGGAAGGCCUUGUUGAUACUGCGGUGAAAACUGCAGAAACAGGAUACAUGUCCCGUAGACUGAUGAAAUCAUUGGAAGAUCUCUCACUUUAUUAUGAUCAGACAGUGCGCAGUUCUAAUGGAGGAGUAGUUCAGUUUAUUUAUGGGGAUGAUGGCAUGGAUCCAGCAAAGAUGGAAGGGGAAAAUGGCACUCCCUUAAAUUUGGAUCAACUAUACAAGAAAGUCAUGGCAACAUGCCCUUGUAGACCACAAGACUCUUUAUCACCUUCAGAGAUCAUUUGCCUUAUAAAUGAAAGGCUAUCAAAGUAUGAUAUGACCCCUGAGGGUGGUUGUUCUUCUGCUUUCAAGAAUUUGUUAUUGGAUUUUCUCCAUAAGCAUGUUGCUGAAUUGAGGAAGACAAGAAUACGGCUUCAACUUCAAGAAGAUCAUAAGGAAACUUCUAGUGUAUUGGAAAACGUUGCUGCCAAUAUAUCUGGAAUUUCUGCUCAACAACUGAAGGUAUUCAUGGAGACAUGCAUAUCUCGUUAUCAUAAAAAGAAGCUUGAAGCAGGUGCAGCAAUUGGAGCCAUUGGUGCUCAAAGUAUAGGAGAACCAGGGACACAGAUGACACUGAAAACAUUUCACUUUGCUGGAGUCGCAAGCAUGAAUGUUACUCUUGGGGUUCCUCGCAUUAAGGAAAUUAUAAAUGCAGCAAAAAAUAUUAGCACACCAAUAAUUACUGCUACACUUUUUUGUGAUGACAAAGAGGAAUCUGCUCGUUUAGUGAAGAGUGAAAUUGAGAGAACUCUCCUUGGUGAGGUGGCGGAAGCUGUGAAGACUGUACUCAAAUCUAAUCAUCCAUAUAUCUCUAUUGUACUUGAUAAGGAGCGAAUUAAAACAUUGCAUAUGGAAGAUUCUCUUGAUUCCAUUAAGAAUUCAAUUGUGAAUCAUCGAAAUCUUAAAUUAAAAGCAGAGGAUAUUACAUUCCAUGGCAAAGGUAAUUUGAGAAUUUUCCCUCGUGGGCGAAAUGCUAAAGGAGAUAACAAAGAUGGAAGUAGAUUAAAUUCUGAACUGCACUCUUUGACGUCCAUCCUUCCAAAGGUCAUCGUGAAGGGCAUCUCAACGGUGGAUCGUGCUGUUAUUAAUUGUCAAAGAGGAAAAUAUAAUCUACUGGUUGAAGGUACGAACCUUUUAGCAGUUAUGGGCACUCCUGGUGUUGAUGCAAGUAAAACAAAGAGUAAUCAUAUCAUGGAAAUUUGGCAGACGCUGGGCAUCGAAGCUGCAAGACAAAGUAUCAUAAGCGAAAUACAAGAUACUAUGAAAAGUCAUGGAAUGAGCAUUGAUGCUCGUCACAUGAUGCUGCUCGCUGAUGUGAUGACUUAUAAAGGUGAAGUGCUCGGGAUCACGAGAUUUGGCAUGACGAAGAUGAAAGACAGUGUUUUGAUGUUGGCAUCAUUUGAAAAAACCUCAGAGCACCUGUUCAAUGCAUCAUUUAAUCACAGGGAUGACCAAAUUGAAGGAGUAUCUGAAUGUAUCAUAAUGGGCAUACCAAUGCAGCUGGGAACAGGAAUUCUCAAAGUUAGGCAAAGAGUUGAACAGCUGCCUGAACUGAAAUAUGGGCCAGGUCCAGUAAUUUGUUGAAGAGGACGACAAGUUGCCUGCGAUGAUUCAUUAAACCAUGUUCGGCAUUGCAGUCGUAAUUAAAUUUCCAAGUGCAUUCGGUACGAUUUAUUCUUUUAAUCAGUUUUUGAGAUUAUUUAUUCCUCCUGAUAGGCAAUUUAAGGUUAUCUUCCAAUCCUGUCUGUUAUUGCUUCUUAUAAUUUCUAUGGAGUAAUCUCUGCAGGCUGCAUCUGAGCAAGUUGAUAUUGAGCAGCUUCCAGUUCUUUGUUUUUUUUCCUUCUCAUAUUCUGUAAUAAUUUGUAUACAUGAAUGGUCUUUAAAGAAACCUGUUGAAAUAUUUGAUCAAAAUGUAAAUAAGAAAAAUUUAAGGGAACAGAAGAUCAUCGAGCUGUCUCAUUUGAUCUUGAAUAAGUUAGCAAGCAAGCUUGAACAC